UCUGGUACCGCAGUUUCAUCCAUCAGCUUAUGUUUUUCUGAACGGAAUGCGUCCCUUUUUUUUCAAGGGGUGCUAAGUAAUACUGCCCGUACGCCACACGGGUAGUUAUAUAUUAAUUUUAGCGUAUUUGUUGCUCUAUUCCGACUCCGAUGGACGAAGCCGCCAGUGGCCGAGGGCCAACAGCCUGCCAUCCCUGCGCGAAGGCCAAAGUGCGCUGUGAACCGUCAGGUAGUGGCUGUGUUGUUUGUAAACGAUGCAUGAGGUUGAAUAAGGAAUGCACCAUCCAAGCUCCCGGGGCCCAUAAACGCAAGAGGGCCAGAAUUCCCGAAAUUGCUCGUCUUGAAGAAAAACUUGAUGGUGUGGCUGCAAUCCUAGCGGCGUCCAAAAGAGACUCAGAUGACUUGCCUCAGACAGCCCAAAACACUGUGCCCAGAGGUGAAUGGCCCCUAGCUCCGGCAGGCUUUGGCAACAGUUCCUUUUCAGACGAUAAUUUCUAUCCAGACGGUGACGAGGCGCAAUUAGUUCUGGACGCCUAUCGGCAGACAAUGAUGCCUUAUUUCCCAUUUGUUGUGAUACCGCCGAGCAUAACCCCUCUCGAGCUUCGGCAGGGCAAACCUUUCUUGUAUAGGACUAUCAUGAUGAUUGCAUGCCAGCGUAGCUCAAGCGAUCAACUGGCUCUCAGUAACUUGGUCAGAGACUAUUUCAUUCAAACAGCUUUGGUCAAAGGGGAUCAGAACCUGGAUCUGCUUCAAGGUCUGCUUGUUUUCCUAGGAUGGUAUCAUGUCCACCUACAGUUUCGCGCCCAAUUGUCCAAUCCGGUUCAUCUAUUGAUGGGUUUGGUUGUGGACUUGGGCCUGAAUAGUCCCACCGAUGUGCGAGGAACCACAGGACUUCCGCUUCACUUCUUACGAACUUUUUAUUUCGAGACACAGAACCAGAGAGUGCGCACUCUGGAGGAGAGGAGAACAUAUCUCGGCUGUUUUCACCUGAUUGCUACAAUAUCAUUGUGCAGCCGAGAUAUGUCCCCAUUAAAAUAUACCAAGUACACGGAUGAGUGUUGCAACGCACUUAGCGAGAUGAAAGAAUACUCAACAGACGAGUACAUUAUUUACCACAUACGACUGCACCGAGUGGGUGAAAAGAUUCGCAGAACGUUAUGGGAUGAUCGCUUCGACAUCACUUGGAAUAUGUCAGCGCCGUUGGGGAUGUGUGUGCGAUAUUUAGAGAUAGAGCUUCAACGGUUCAAGGAUUCAAUACCUUUCGACAUGCCCCAGCAAGCGCUACUUCAUCUGUAUGUUCAUACCCUUGAAAUAUCCUUAUACAGCAUUGCACUCAGCGACAACCUUUCGGAUGGAGACUAUAGCGAGUGUCAAAUGACUCGCUUUAACAUCCUUCACUCCUGCUCAAUAGCUACGAAGGCUUUCUUUGAUCUGAUUUCAAAUUUCAAGCCGGAGAUGUCCAUUGGCAUGCCGUACACGUGUUGGUCACAGUCCAGUCAAGCAGUCGUCGUGCUCUCCAAGCUUUCGCUCUUGAAAAACGAAAUCUGGGACGAAGAUAAUGCCCAAAAUAUGGUUGACUUUACCAAAGAAAUUGAUAGGAUGUCGAGUAAAAUCAAAGCGUUACAAUCUUGGGAUCAUGGUGGGAAAUUUCGACAUUUUGUUCCAGACCUCCCCUUGAGAAUUGAAUCACGACUACAGUUCAUGAGAGAGAUCUAUGAGAAGAAAAACUUUGCUCUGGCCGAGAGGAAGCGCAAUCUGGUCGAUUCAAACAUUGACCUGAAUUUGGAAUAUCUUCCCUCGAUGCCGAUGUUUGAUCUGCUGGACGGAAAUUUCUGGCACGAACUUUUUUGAAACGGAUACUGGAGAAUGGACAUGUAUUAAUUAUACGAGUCAUAUUAUUAUCUCUCUUCUGAAACCCUCUGAAUAUAUGCUGGCUGUUGCAUACUUGGAUGUAUAAGUUUGUGAUAUCUACCUGCUGCUGUUAUUUUGGGCUGCCUUCGGCUUUUGCUUCAACCCAAGCUGGAAAAGGGGGGAUUCCUUCAGCUGGCUCCAAUUGUGAAGCAGCAUGCUGUUGAGAUUCGACUGAGCAACGGCCUCCUUUCCUCUCACCCAGACUUCCUUCUCAUAAGCCGUGACUGCUGGGUAAAGUGAGCCUGGUGAUUUAUUUUCUAAUUUGGCGAUCUCGCGACCAAGGAA